UGUAACAUAAAAUAUAUACCUGCAUCUUCAGCGGGAAACGGCCUGGAUCUAUCAGCUGGUGGAUUAUUAAUGAGGAGUGAAGGAUUCAGAAAGGAGUUGUGAUUUGUGUGGGAGCCCUCCGUCGGUUUCAGAAACCAUCAUGGAUCACUGGUCUCGAGGCGUGUGUGAUUAAGAAAUAACUGCCAACGACCGGAGGACUGAGUUAUUUUGGUUAACGGCAGGUCAUGCUGAUGGACCAAGACACUCAGUGGCUGUACCAACUCCUGGCCGAGGUCCAGUUGGAGAAAUUCUACCUGCGCGUCAGAGAUGGCCUCAACAUCACCCGUAUCGAGCACUUCGCCUACGUCAAGGAGUCCGACCUGGAGCAGAUAGGAAUCAGCAAACCUGCACAACGAAGAUUAUGGGAAGCUCUGAAACGCUACAAGGCAAAUUCACGAUCACGGCCGUGGAUACCGAAGGUGCUUAGCGGGCGAGGUCUAGAUGGAGGGGAGCAGGGGAGCGGCCAGGCUCAGUGCCAGGAAGUUGGCAGCCGCACUCUUCCGUGUCUGAUCCAGGACAGCGAGCUGAUUCUGGCCGAGAAGCUGGGCUCCGGGUCCUUUGGGGUGGUGAAGAGGGGAGAGUGGCACACGCCAACUGGGAGAGUGCUUCCUGUUGCUGUAAAAUCCCUGAGGAGCAGUAUGUCGAGGCAGACAGACACACUGACGGACUUCCUCCAAGAAGUAACCAUCAUGCAGUCGUUGGAUCACCCCAACAUCAUACGGCUCUAUGGUGUGGUGCUCACACAGCCCCUCAAGAUGGUAACAGAGCUGGCCCCCUUGGGCUCACUAUACGACAUGCUGCGCUCACGUCAGUAUGAGUACCCUCUGGUCCGCCUCUGGCUCUUUGCCACCCAGAUCGUGGCAGGUAUGGAGUACCUGGAGACCAGGAGAUUCAUCCACAGGGACCUGGCUGUCAGAAAUGUGCUGCUGGCUUCCAGGGAGACGGUGAAGAUCGGGGACUUCGGCCUGAUGAGAGGCCUGAGCCACGAGGCGGAUCACUACGUCAUGUCGGCACACAGACGCAUCCCGUUCGCAUGGUGUGCUCCAGAGAGCCUUCGUGUCGGCUCCUUCUCCCAUGCCUCAGACGUGUGGAUGUUUGGUGUCACCCUUUGGGAGAUGUUCACUUACUGUGAGGAGCCCUGGUUCGGUCUGUCAGGCCGACAGAUUUUGUGGCGUGUGGAGCGGGAGGGCGAGCGUCUGGAGAAACCGGCGGAUUGUCCUCAAGAGCUGUACACCAUCAUGAGGAAGUGCUGGGCCUGCAAUGCUGGUGACAGACCCAGCUUCGCCCAGCUCACCACAAUGGUGACAGAGGCCAAACCAAUGGAGGUGCAAGCAACAAGGGACUUUUCUGAACCCAGAAAACUCACACUGGUGGCCAACGACCUUGUGACGGUCAUAGACCACGGUCUGGAGCUGAGUGAGUGGAGAGGCCAGAAUCAGAGGACACUGACGGUCGGCUGGUUUCCUGCGAGCCUCACGGUGCCGUCGCUCCCUCCUGCUACUGCUGCUCCCGCCUCUUCCAGCAACCCCGGAGCCAACCCCGCUUCCACGGCUGCCCACAUCUCAGCCCCUGUGAAGGGCAGCCUGCAGCACACUGGGCAUGGAGACAUCAAGCCCGAACGCUGCUGGGGAACACCGGAGAGCCUGGACGACAGUGGCAGCUGGAGGCCGAGUCCUGCCAGGGAGAAGGAGGGAUCCAAUCUGCAGAAAAUGGCAGGUAUGUCUCGGAGCCUGGAGUCGGUCUUGAGUGGACACCAGCCUCGAUUACACACAGUAGGGGCGGUCAGGGUGGAUCAGCACGGCAGACUCAUGCCCCCCAUAAUGGCAGCUCAUAGUGUGGUGAUGCAGCAGGACCCCCGCCGGUUCAGCGAGGCCAGUAUCAUCCCCCCUCCUCGACCACCACCCCCCAACCUGAAACGCCUUAACAUAAGGUCUCAGAGGAGGCCCAACGUCAAUCCAGCCCCAGCCGCCCUCUGGCCAUCACAGAUGGGUCCGUCCCCGCCACAACCUCAACCUCAACCUCAACCUCAGCCCCAGCACCUGCCUCAGCCGGGCGUCGGAGGCUCCAACAUGGCUAAGAUGGCCCCCAUGGCGCGCUCUACUCCGCAGCUGGACAACCAGACGGACAACAGAGAGAGAGAUCGAAUCAGAGAUCGAGAGAAAUCGCCUCAUGUGCAGAACACAAGAGACAGUCUCAUCGCACAGGUCAUGGAGGCAGUACAUGGAGUGACCACUGAAGAGGUUCAUAUUGCACUUCAACGCAGUGACUGGAACCCAGUGCGAGCUGAGCAACACCUCAAGUUGGAGCAGCUGUACUCGCUGAGCCUCUGCUCCAAAGAGGACUGUCUGAGGAUCCUCUCCAGGUACCAGUGGAACCUGCAGCUGGCCAGUCGCUACCUCCUCCGAUUGUCUCGGGACGACAGGCCCGGCCUGGGCGAGCGGGAGCGACCUGCAGCUAGUGCAGAAAGACGAGUCUGAAGUGACUGAUUUUACCUUUAUUAGUGCACGGAUGGUUGACUUUUUCAGCAGCAUCCUGCUUCACAGUGACAAAAUGAGACACUUGGAGAUUCCCAGUACAACAGUCAGACACCACCUCAAUAUGGAAACAUGUGGGACGAAUGUAAAUAGUAAACUGCGUCAUGUAAUGUUUCUGUUUUUAUUUGUUGUAGUUGUUUUUGUAUUUUCAAUGAGACGUUAUCCUGCACAGUGUAGACGUUAUUUGCAAAUAGUUUUUGUAUCUUAAUGAAUGUGUUUAUAUUGUGUUAAAAAUUGUUGUUUUGUUGAAUAAAAUUGAUCAUCUGGUCUGAUCCGACACAAAGUAUAAAAUAUUUGCAAAUGAAAAAUGAGUCCUUAGACAGUUUUGUGUUAAAGCGUUGGCAUGUAGAGGUUAAUACACAGUGUUAUUUUGGUAUGUUGAAUGUUUUAAUGAAGGAGAAUUAAAACAACCUCAUAUGCUUCCACUGUAAUAACUAAAACCAUAUUUUCAGUAUUCACUGGGCUCACAAUGAACAUGUGCAGACAUGCUCCUAAAUACUAUGCUUGUAUUUCUCACUUGCUUCCAGGAGAUGGAGCAGUCAGGCAUUCGGUCUGUCUCCUUUUGUUGCAUGUGGAGUAGGGCGUAGAUAUAAUCUUUAUGUUAACAUGAAUGUGAGCAGGUACGACUGAAAGGAAGCUGAUACUGACUCCAAUAAAGUGUACUGAGAAAGUUACCAGUAACUAAUGCAGAGAGUUUUGGUGAAACUGGUCUUUGCAUAAUCAUGGGCAUGAGAAUUAGAGACUGUAUUUCCCUCUGAAGCAACAAUCAUUUUUUCCAAUUACAACCAGAUGUGGGCCUUCCCCAGAAUUUCCUGGACAGUCACCAGAGCAAAGGAACACAACACUCUCACAAUGGCUUAAUAUUGUUUCUGUUUUACCGAUUGAACUACAGUUUUUUUUUGGUUUCUGUAAAAAAAUGUAUUUAACAAACAUACAACACCAGAGUUACCGGAAAAUGAUACAAAAUUGUUUUGCAAGAAACAUAGGAAACAGAUGUGAACAGCUGCAGAUGUAAGUGACAUCAAAAAAGCAGAUUCUGCAGAUUAGCAUCACCCAAUAAACAAAUACCUAAAUGUACUGUACAUCCUACUACUUCUUUCACUUUCCUUAUCAGAUGUCAGACUGCACACAGGCUGAUGGCAGCAUACAUAUAUACACAGGCAAUAACACACAUUUAGUUACUGGAGUUACUAGAGUCUGGAUUUGAGAGCACGAGUGGCAAAGAAACCUCAUCGGGG